AUGGAGGUGGCCCUGCCCAGGGACCUGGAGCGGCACGCUAGCCUGGCCAAGAGGAGACACGCGGAGGUGUGCAGGCAGCGACGGAUCUUCAACGCCAGGAACAGGAUCGUCGGGGGAGACACAGGAGCCUGGGAUGUUCAAGUUCAUGACCAGAAGAUAAAAGAAGCAACUGAAAAAGCUAGACAUGAAACCUUUGCUGCUGAAAUGAGACAAAAUGACAAAAUCAUGUGCGUAUUAGAAGACCGGAAAAGGAGAGAUAGGAAAAAUCUCUGUAGAGUUAUCAAUGACUUCCAACAGAGCUUUCAGAAGCCAGAAACUCGCCGUGAAUUUGAUCUAUCUGACCCCCUAGUCCUUAAGAAAGAUCUUCCAGCCCGGCAGUCAGAUAAUGAUAUUCGGAAUACAAUAUCGGGAAUGCAGAAAUUCAUGGGGGAGGAUUUAAACUUCCAUGAGAGAAAGAAAUUCCAAGAGGAACAAAACAGAGAAUGGUCCUUGCAACAGCAAAGGGAAUGGAAGAAUGCUCGUAUUGACCAAAACCGUGCAGAGGACUUCUACACAGAGACAAGGCUGCAGUUUGAUGAAACAGCCAGGCACCUACAGAAGCUGGAAAGCGCCACCAGAAAGGCAGUUUGUGCAGCUGUGAAAGAGUUCAACAAGAACCAGGCCAUGGAGGCAGCAGAAAAAAAAAAGCGAGAGAGAAAACAAGAACAAGAGGACAACCUGGCCGAGAUCUCCAACCUGCUGCGUGGGGACCUGCUCUCUGAGAACCCACAGCAGGCAGCCAGCUCCUUCGGGCCCCACCGCGUGGUCCCUGACCGCUGGAAGGGCAUGACCCAGGAGCAGCUGGAGCAGAUCCGCCUUGUUCAGAAGCAGCAAGUCCAGGAAAAGCUGAGGCUCCAGGAAGAAGAGCGCCAGCGAGACAUGGACUGGGACCAGCGGAGGAUUCAGAGUGCUCGCGCCACCUUGCUGUUUGAGCGGCAGCAGCAGCGCUGGCAGCGUGACCUGCACAGGGCUCUGGACAGCAGCAACCUCAGCCUGGCCAAGGAGCAGCAGCUGCAGAAAAAAUAUAUGAAUGAGGUCUAUGCAAAUCAACCCACAGAAGACUAUUUCACACAAUUUAAUACAAGAAGUCGGUAA